AUGUCCCGCCUCAAGCUGAACCCAACCAUUCCUUUCGGAAUCUCACCUGUGUCGCCCUACCGUAAAGUCAAUGCCGGGGUUGAGACCGCCGCGGCCAGAGUUGCAGAAAAAUUCCAACUGUCGUUCGUUCAGAGUUUGUUUUCCUCCAUUACCGUCGAGGAUCUAGCUUUGAUCGCUCCAACAACCCCGAAAUGGAUCGAAUUAUAUCCAUUUUGUGAUAGACGUAUCACAUCAACGAUCAUAGAUAAAGCGGAAAAAGCCGGCUUUGAGGGAUUGGUAAUCGUUUUGAAGGAAGAAAUGGUGGACGGUUUUCCGUCUAUUCCAGAGUUAACCAACGAAUAUAAACCCCGAUUGUUUGAUGGUAUAAUAGAACAAGGGUUUUUUGGGGCCGAUAUUUCGCAGCUCCUGAUCGACCACAAACUUGAAUCUAAUUGCCAAUACGUGGAGUGGUUGGUCAACAGUACCAAGUUAUCUGUUGUUGUGAAAUGUGACGGAUUUGGUAAUGAUAAUGAUUUUUCAAAUGGAAUAGCUGGAGUGUGCGUUUCGAAUCAUAACGGAAUCGCCAACGUGAAAACUGCUACUCAGUAUCGAAUUCCAAUAAUUAUUAGCGAGGAUAUAAUCAGCGAACAGGAAGCGGCCACAAUAUUGAAAUCAGGAGCGGAUCUCAUAUUGAUCGAACGGCCCAUUCAAUGGGGCUUCAUGAUUGAUGAGCAGAAAGGAAUAGAAGAUGUGUUAAAACUUUACACAAGUGUCUUGUAA